AUGUCACAUCAGUUUGUACGUUCUACUAAAAAUAUGUUCAAAGGGUACUCCCCCACACAGGUGCUCGUACGAGAUGCCACUGCUAAUAAUGACAGUGGUACUUCUAUCGACGUGCUUGAUCAAUUAGGGGAAAUGUCCUAUGAUACUCAUGAGUUCCGUGAUAUUUUUUCAGUAUUGGAUCGUCGUAUAAGUGAUAAGCCCAAAUACUGGCGCCAUGUUGCCAAAUCGUUGACUGUGGUGGAUUAUUUAGUACGGUUCGGUAGUGAAGCCUGUGUUCAAUGGGCUCGUGACAAUGCAAGACAGUUGGAAAUAUUACGCGAUUUCUAUUACAGUGAUUCUGCAGGGAUUGAUCAGGGUCAAUUGAUUCGUGUGAAAGCCGCUGAGUUGAUUGAUUUGCUAAGAGAUCCAGAGAGAUUGGCCACUGAACGUGGUAUGAAUAUGAGAGGGAGAAGAAAUGCAUUGCCACCUAGACGGAUGGGUCCACAUAGAAGACCUUCGAUGCCCAGAAGACCCGAAGACGAAGAAGAUGUUGAUAGGGCAUUGGAAGAGAGUAAAAAGACCGCUGAAGAAGACGAGGCUCGGAGACGUAAAGAUCAAGAACGAGAGAAACAGGAUUUGAAAGAAGCCGUCAAACUAUCGAAAGAAGAAGAUGAGUUGAAGAGAUUACAAGACGAGGCAAAUAACAAACCCCAAUAUUUCGACGAGAACGGCAAUCCAAUCUCCCAAGAGGAGUGGCUACUAAGAGAGGCACAAAGGGAAGAACAACAACGGUUAUUGGAGGAACAGCAGCGUAUUGCUCAACAACAAGCUCUUUGGUUAGAACAACAGCGUCAAGCAGAAAUGAUUGCCCUAGCACAACAACAAGCAGCAUUGCAACAACAAUACGAACAAGCCAUGAUUGCACAACAACAAGCCGCUUUGGCUCAACAAUACGAACAGACCGCAUUAGCACAACAACAGUAUGAACAAGCAGCUCUUGCACAACAACAAUACGAGCAACAAGCCAUGUUAGCACAACAACAAUAUGAACAACAACAAGCUGCAUUGGCACAGCAACAGUAUGAACAGCAAAGAUAUGAACAACAAUUGCACGAACAACAGCAAUUGUUCGAACAACAGAUGGCAGAACAGCAAGAAUCAAGACCCGAAUCAGGUUCCAAUAACCCAUUUGCAUUGGAGAAGGAAGAACAAGAUUCGGGCUCAAACAAUCCCUUCUCAUUGACCAAUUACAAUACCGGUACCACCACCACCACCGCUGCCGCUGCUACUACUGCCAAAUACGAUUCUCCACAAACUUCUCCUGUUUCCCCAAACGAAGGCUUGAAUUUAAUCAAUGCAAAUUCCAAUUUCACUCAUAUGCCAAUGGAAGAAGAAGGCAGAAGUGUCAGCGCAAGCACAAACGCCUAUUCCAAUGGGAACGCCUAUACAAACGCCUCUUACGUUCAUGGUACAAACACCUCAUAUCUCACUCAAAACACAUUACCUACUGCUUCCACUUAUCAAUCAUCGUAUUCCACUGGCCACGAAUUUACUAGUAGUAAUAUAAACAGCUCACCAUUACAAAACUCUAAAUACGUAUUGCACGACCAUGACCACGAUUUUGUGUCGCGUGAUUCCGAACUCGUAUCACGCAACUCGGAAUUAGUGUCGCACGAUCAAGAAUUGCUGUCACACAACAAUGAACUCUCAUCACAAGAUGACCCAUUCUCAAACAUGCAUACUCUUCUCCCCACAAACAACAACACAAACCCAUCACCUUCCUCCUCUCCAUUACAACCAAUGCAUACUGGUAAUUCCGUCAUUUCCGCUAAAUAUAGUAAUUUGAACCAAUUACUGGCACAGGGGACAGGUAUCGAUACUUUCGGUAAUGAAGGUGCUACACGUAUCCCUGCUCAACAUACAAAAACCGGCACAUUCAUCAAUUCCCAGGGGACAGGUUAUAAACAAGUCACUUCGUCAUCAUCACCAAUUCCAUUAUUACCAACUCAAUACACAGGUUUACCCGCACAGACAGCCGUUCACGUGCCCUCGCCUUCACCCUUGCAACCCUCGGAAAAAGAACACCAAACCCAGCAAACCCAGGGUUUCACUUUAGUCGACCUGUAA